GUACCAAGUGCUCCACCAACAGACUUAAGUGUGGUUGAAACAAGGUUGACAUCAAUCACUUUCAAGUGGAAACCUAUUCCGGAGAACCUUACAAAUGGUUAUCUGUUAGGAUACAAGACAAGAUACAGAAAGUUUUUCGGUGGUGAAUAUGCUUACCUGAUAAUAAAUUGGGAUUCACAGUCCAUUCCACAAGCCAAAAUAACUACCCUUGAGAACAGCACCAUAUAUGAGAUAAGCAUUGCUGGCUAUACAGCAGCAGGCACUGGACCAUACUCAGAGAGACUCACAGUGAAAACAAAACAAUGUAAGUUUAAAAAGUUGUGUGUAAUAUACAUUAAAAUAAUAAGGACAAUUAUUAAAGAGCCACUUUCAUUUACUGCUUGGUAGAGCAGGAUAGUAUAUAUAAAAAAAUAAAUUUCUUUGCCAAAUUUAGUUGUUUUCCUCAAAUAAUAUUAUAUAUCACAGCCCAAAUGUGAGUCUGCCAAAUGUUGCACCAAGUCUUCAUGCAGAAUUGAACUAUUACAGAUCAAGAUAGUUUAUUCUGAUAUAAAACUAUUUAAUUACAAAAAAAUUAGGCUAUUAUGAACCUUUUACUUCAGAUCAUUAAAUUUAUCUUAGGAAAAUAAGAGAUAAAAAGGCAUAUUUAUUAAAACCUAUAGUUUUGUUUUAUCAAGAGCUAUAAGACCUUUGCUUUGAAGUGUUGGCUAUUUUAGCGCUGUAGAUGUUGCUUUUCAGAUGAACCUUGUGCUUCUGAUCCAUGUAAAAAUGGGGGAACAUGUCUUGAUCAACCUGGUGGUAUAUUUUAUUGUUUAUGUGCUGUGAAUUUCACUGGAGAAUAUUGCUCCUUCCUUGUGAGUGGUAAGUAUGAAAUAAAAAAUUCCCUAAUAAAUGUUAACUUACAUGCAGUGACAGAUAGCUGUUGCAUUACAUAUGCCAAGCAUAUGAGAAAAAUAUAUUUAAAGAAAUGAAUAAUUUUUUAACUCAAUUGGAGUGAUUUAAUUUGCAUUUUAAUAUAUAUAUGUUGGACAAACAGGUGGCAUAAAGGUUUAAAAAAAAAAUAUAUAUAUAUAUAUAUAUACCUCAAUAUAUACCUAUACUAUAUACCGUCCUAUAUACCUUCUCAAGGGUAGUAUAUACAUAUAUAUAUAGAUAGAUAUAGCUCUUUGGCAUACAAAGCUUUGCUUUCAUGUCCAAAUUGAGCACUCUACUAGGAUGAGUCAUUGCUGCUAGCAUUAUGCAUGCUCACUAGUUUUUCUAGUUUGAGCACUCUGGCAUGGCUUAGAUGAUCCCACAUGUGUGAGAUCACUUGGGGUGGCUAUAGAGCCUUACCUCCAUCUUACCAUUAGUACUGUAGUACUGCACUGGUGAGGCUCAGGAGGCUGAAACAGUACUGUCUGCAGUUAUUUAUAUAUAUAUAUAUAUAUAUAUAUAUAUAUAUAUAUAUAUAUAUAUAUAUAUAUAUAUAUGGAGGAGUUAUUGGAAAUGUAUGUGAAACAUUACAAGUUACUUAAUUACUAGUAUAAAAUAAGAGUUAAGUAGGUUAAACUAAAUUUAAUUGAUUUUAUCAAUUUUAUCAUAUUCUUUACAGAGAAUUGAAUAGAACAAAUUAAGCAUGUUUAUGGCAAAUAUGAUUUGUUGCAUAAACAUUCAAUAACUUUGAAACUUACAUGCAGAAUCCAAGGUCUUUGCUAAUAACCAGUUGACAUCCAUUUAAAACCCAUUCUGUAGUUUUAACAUUAAGAAUUCAUGAUAUUCAAGGAUUGCUUGGGCACAACUAUCCGCAGAUCAUAAAGGUAUGGAAAACGUUACUAUAGAUCUACAGUAUUGUAUAUCAUUUGCUCAUCAGACAUUCCAUGUCAUAGCCCUGGCGUGAGUUUGCCAAAUGUAUCACCAAAUGCUCCUCCAGACUUGAGGAUUCAUAGAUCAAGACAGUUUAUGAUCCAUUUUGAAGUCGAACUGAAUUGUGAGCUGUCCCGCACAACGUCGUUCCUCUGGCGUGUUUAUCAACUUGGUGAAGACGAUACACCAUUCUUUUCAGGAAAUAGCUCCUCAGAAUUGCAGAUCACUCCACGCUUGUUACCACUUGGUGUUUUUUCGGUACAACUGACGGUCAGCAUGAUAGGAACAGCAGUGUUUGGGGUCAGUCGAGGUUAUUUCCAGGUGGUGAGUAGCCCUUUAGUGGCAUUAAUUGCUGGUGGAAGCAAGGUGGCCAGAGGACUGGAAAGGACAUUGAUUUUUGAUGCAUCCCUGUCAUAUGAUCCUGAUGAAGAGAAUCUGCAAUUUUCAGGUUAGCAAGCAGAUAUUACUCAUUUCCCGCAUCCAAAAAAGUUUUAGGUGAAGGAAAGAUCCUCACAGGUGAGCUUUGAAUUAAGCAAUCGCACGUAAGAAGCAAAUGCCUAAACUGCAGCUUACUUGCGAAGAUCAUGUAUUCCCUUGUAUUUUAUCCGCAGGUCAAAAUUUGGGUCUAUUACAAUUAUAUGAUAGCGUCAUGAUUAUAAAUAGAAUAAGAGAGACAGAGAGACGGUAAGUCUUGAGCUCAGUAAAGAAAUUGCCAGAAUUGUCAAAAUCCAAAAGGCCUCCUUCCUGCAGUAUUAACAUUUUCGCGGACUUAAUUUUCUACGUCCGGGAUCUUAAUUGUCAUACAACAUGUGUUGCACUUCACAGAUGAAGAGAAUUUUUGUCACAUUUCGCAAAACGUUUAGAUAUAAGAGUCUUCACGAAACGGUCAAUAAAAGGAAAGUCGCCCGGAUUAAAAUCAAAGAGAAAGCUCAUCACACCAGCGUUUUUUCUCUUUCCUUAGCUUGGUUUGCAAAAGUUUCCUUCUAUCUAAUUUUCUCGAUGAGUUUUUGGACUUUUUAUAUUCGCUUUACCCGGCGAGGUUGCAAAAUGACCUUUCCCGCGAAUUUCAGUGGACUUUGUCAUGAGACUCGCCAUACAUUCGGAGUGGCUCUUCAUUUCUUGACUGCAUGCCCGUAAUCACACGCGCUUAAAUGAGGUGUAAAAACUGAAUUUCUGUGGAGACCGAAAAUUCAAGGUUUGUUUUUACGCGAGUUAAUUAUACUCAAAAAUAUAAAUAGAGUAUGCAGUAUUUUCGGAUUUUGAUUAAAUUUGGCCAGAAUAUUUGUCCUAUGUUUACGCAAAAAAGGAUGUGAGGCUUUUACAAAGUCGGAAUAUUUUUCUGUGACGUCCUGGCGCAUGACAACAACCGAAAUAUUUCCUUCUUGCCAACUUGGAAAUAGACUUUCCUUGCAACCAAUUGGAAUAUCAAAGCUUCACAACCUUUGUUAGCCUGCUGGAUGAUACAGUCCAAUUUGUUUGGAUGUCGGCGGUUGCACAGAGGCUGGUAAUUCAGUUUGGAAAAUUCCGUCAGUUUUGUCUUUUUCAGACUCCUUUUCUGUAGUUGCUUAAAUUGAAGCUCUCUUGCGAGGUUUUCACCACUUUAAUUAUUUUAAUCUGCAGGUCCAAAUAUGAAUUAUAUCAUUAUAGAUUUAAGAAAAAAGUUUCAAUUAUUUUUCAAUUAUAUUAAAGAAUCAAGUUUUGCAGAUGGGUCAAACAUAAUUUGUGCAAGCCUUUUUAUUAACUCACGAGCAGACGGCGCUUAUUAUUAGUACUUCAAUACGAGCGUUUCUUUCGCAAGUAUUCUUGCACUGUUGAUAAAUGCCUAAUCCCUUACAAAACCCUCGCCGGCGCUCUUUGCUUAAAGCAUUUAACUUACUUGCGGGCAAAGCAACGCUUGUGACAAGGGCAAAUAAUGAGGGCCUGCUCGCAGGCUACCUUUUUAAGGAGGUGUAAUUUUCGGCUGGAGCUGAAAAAAAAAGAACUGAAAGACUUACUGACUGACCGACUGACAGAUUCAAACCAAUUGGCUGCCGCUAUAUAUUUCUGAAAUAUUAUUUUAUGCAAUUGUAGGCCUCAAUUUUACAUGGCUGUGCGGAGAAGAGUCACCUCUGGAUCUUAAUGUUUCAGAUAAAGCAGGAUGUGGUUAUAGUGCUGAUGAUAAAGAAUCUGUUGGACAUGAACUUAGAGUUAACAACAGUCUUAUGUCAGAAAACACCUCAUACUUCAUAACAGUUUUGGUUACAAAGGAUGAAAGGCAAGCUGUGUACACUCAGGAAGUAUUUAUUGUUCCUGGUGAUCCACCAGAAGUGCAGAUUAGGUAUGUGAAACGUAAGCAACCAGGCAGGCACUUGAAAUUUACCUGUGCAUUUAAUUUUCCAUGUGAUCAAAACAUGCUUGAAUACAUUGCGAUAACUUCAAGCGUUCGUUUGACUUUUCAUUUGACUUUUUCCUUGGCAAUUUUUUCCAAAGAAGAUAACAUAAAGAGUCAACACUGGGAUUGUGCUUUAAAUAAUUCCAACGUGGCUGACUAACUUGGAAGAAUGUAAGAGAAUGUACAGCUGCAUGGAAACAACAAAAAUGCUUCAAAAGAGCGAAUGGAUUUAAUUUUGGACGAAAUAAACAAUAGCCACUGAGAGAGAUGGCUAUUAGUGUAGGUUCUAUCUUAGAUAUCAUCCCUUUCAAAGUAUAGGAUUGACUUUUAUGAUUUAAGAAAAUGUGUCUGUCUUAAUUUAAGUACUUGAAUGGCCUGCAGGUGUGUUGAAAACUGCGCUACUAACCUGAACCCAUCCGGGAGAAUGGCUUUACAAGGCAUAUGUACAGGUGUCUCAUGCCAUAGUGACCUUAUCUUCAAGUGGACAGUUUUGAAAGAUUUGAACAACUCUUCAAACAGUUAUCAGUGGAGUGAGGUUUCAGAAAUACAGGAGUUGAUAACUACUCGAGUUUCAUCAAAAUCUCUCGUCACUAGGUCAGGAGUGCUGAAACCUGAUACCAGGUAUAAGUUUGUAUUGACUGCACAACGACCAGGUGGAUACCGCGGGUAUUCCGAGCACCAAGUGACCUCUAACAGUCCGCCUGUUGGAGGGGUGUGCAAUGUAAGCCAAACUUCUGGAGUCGCUCUCAUAACAGAGUUUACUUUUGCUUGUGAUAAUUGGCAGGAUCCAGACUUACAGUUGCGGUAUGAAUUUAUUUACCUCGCAGAUAAUAAUCUUCUUAACGUGGCAUACAAGGGAAUAAAAACUAAUAUAACAACCAAACUUCCUGCUGGAGAGAGGAAAAAUAACUUUACUAUCGACUUUCGAGUGCGAGUGACCAACAUGUGGGAAGUAUUCACUGAAGUUAAGACUCCCGUGCAGGUAAGAAACGGAACUGCGUAAGAAACAGUCUCGCAUAUUCAUCACUUUCUUUUCUGUGCCACCAUGAUUUCGAUUUCAGUCAACAUUGUUUAUCAUAAUAAAACAUAGCUCAUGUAAACUAUCUGUUGACUAUUGUAUUUAUUUUGAUUUUAGGUCUUGGAACCCAGCAUUAAACAAGCAAACCUCUUAGACAUUGUCAAAAACCUCACAAGCGGGGAUGAGAGUGAGCUUAAUUAUUUGAUUCAGUCGGGUGACGUGUCUCGUGCGCUUCAAUUGACGGCGGCAGCCAUUUCGGUCGUUGAUGUCAUUGCGCUUGCGAAAACGAAAGAAAGUCAGGACCCUGAGUUGACAGAGAAACGGAUUAUGGUAAAGAUUUACUUUCAUGAACCACUUCUAGGCAGACUCUCUGUCUGAAAAUUUCAAAAUAACCUUUUUCUGGAGGUUCAACUAUGUGAAAUGUAAUUAACUUACUUACAAGAGGGGCUUGAUUAAGGCGCAUCCUUGCCAGCCUGGGUUAGAGUUCUAUUUAAAGCUGGGCUUGGUUUGCUAGACGAACAUUUCGCUUGCAUAUAGUCACCCUUCACCAAUGUUUUAAAGCUUGUAAUGUAAAGCUUGUAACAUUUGUUGGUUACGUUAUCCUUCCUUGGUUGUUGUUUCAAAUAUUUUUGUGAAGACUCUAUAGCACGACGUAUUGCAUUCCAGAAAGUGGCAAUUGCUUAUGUAGCUCUCUUUCUCAAUUUCUUUCACCCUAUCGAGAUACCUUCAUAACUGAGUGGUUUCGCAUCUAUUAGGAACAUUAUCAUCUGUUUUUUUUUUGUUUUUCCCGAACGUUUUUAACUUGUAACCUCACCUCUUGUCUUUUUUCAAUUGAUGCAGAUUAAAUCAAACAUCAUACAGUUGAUAUCAGCCAUCCAGGUUGAUACUGUCGUUAGAGUCCAGCAGGUGUCAAACGUGAUUGCCUUUGCCAGCUCGGUCAUCGGCGAGGUUAACGUCGAAGCGCAGGUAAUCUAAUAACCAGACCGCAAUGGUUUGGUAUCAAACGAGGAUCACGUUAUUAGCUAAAAGGAAGAAAUGGGUAAAUAUUCUGGUCUUUUUUUUUUUUUUUCGAGCAGAGAGAUGCAACGAAUGCGCUUGAAAAGAUGACUUCAGUAUUGAAGAAAGAGAGUGCAGCCAGGGAAAGUUACGACUCGCUUUUUGAUGGCGCAAAAAGUCUUGUGACUGGUCUCGGUAGCUUGCUUAGGGUAGUGUCAUAUGAAGCUAGUGUAUACGAUUCGCAUUCGCAGAAGAAGUCUAACAUCAAAGCCAGCUUCAUAACUACAGAUAAACAUAUCUCACGUAAAAGCUGGAGGUUAGCAUUCAGGUCAAGAACUUCCUAUUCACGGGCAAGAAUGAGCGAAAGAGACGCUUCUGAAGCCCAGCUGCAGGUAAAGAAGCGUUCAGAAUUACGUGUUCAAAACCUAAAUUAUUGGAGGAUUUUAUUCUGAAUGUCUUUUUUUACUUUAAAUGUUUGGUAAUGGAGACAUUUAAAGGGUCUUUAAAGAUAAACUUGUCGUACCUCGAAAAGUAGUGCUCAAAUCCUGAUUGUUGUUUUGAUGCUAAAAUUACAGCAAUUGGACCGGAACCAAGCGUAACCAAGAAACAAAAUUAAAGUAGCUGUUAUAAGCCAUAAAUGCUGAUGCCAGCGUCUCCUGUUUUAUGGAUGUUUUUUGUUUUAGGCUCGAAUCCGUGUUGAGAGUAUACUCCAGUCUUUAAAGGAGAUCGGAAGUAUCAUCUUGUCCCAAACUCUUGUUGGUGAGGAGCCGAAAAAUAUUGCAGCCCGGACCAUGUCUCUGUUAGUGUUGCGAGAGGAGCCCAAGUUGCUCGCUGGGACUGUUUUGACAAACAAGGGAAACAGUUUUCAGCUUACUUCAUUGCCCAUCCAUUUGGCUAAUGUUACCCAGUUUGUAGAUAGCCAGGUAGGUACAAAAACUGUUGGAUUGCGCAGCACAUAACUUCUUGGUAAAUAUUGCACCGCUAUUGAUGUUGAAGAACACGCCGUGUAUAUACCUUUGUAUGGCGCGCCAUGUGUAGCAAAAUUACUGACGUGGUCCUCAGAGGAUUAUUACGACAUUUAUACCUAUCCGCUGUGAAGUAUUAUGUCAUUCGUGGCGGAUUUUUAUUAAGUAUAAUAAUUAUCCGCUGUGAAGUACAAUGUCGUUCGUCAUUAAGUUUAGUAAUAAUGCGCUUCGAAACGGAUUGUUAUGGAAAUGAAAUAGGACACUGAUAUGAAAUGAGAUUUAGAAAUGAAUAGCCAUCCCUUCCGAUACACCACUGUUUAGUGGAAUGGAAAAGAAUUGUCUUAUUCGGCCGGUCUGUGUAAUAAAUGUUCCUUUUCUCGACCUUUCUCGUGUACGCUACUUUUGAAGGAAACUAGUCCAUUCUCUAGUUAGAUAGAAAGGUUAUUAAAUGUAGAAAUCAAGUUGUCUCCUGUAACGAGAGGCACCGGUAAAAAGUAAAGUGACUGCAUGCCACUCCGUUGAAUAAUGCAUACCACUCCGUUGAAUAAGCUUGUAACAAACGUGAUUUUAUUUAUUAAAUUGCCCCUUUUCGACAAUCGCAGAAAUUAUAUCAACUUGCAAUUAUCGUAAACUGUAAUCUUUUUUUUUGCGGAGUGGUUGUUGAAAAUGAAUAUAGAGAUAUCUUGCUUGAGUGACGAGGGUUCAUGGUUGGCUCAGCUUUCAAGGUUUACUUUUUCAUGACAUUAUAGGAAAGUUUACGAUGACUGAAAGAAGCUCUAUUUUUCGUACCCACACUUGACUCCCAUACCUUUGAGUUUAUUAAAGUAGUGCUAAAUUCAGUUUCUUCAUAGCAAAACUUACCGUCACAAAGCUUGGAACCUUGGACCUUGUUAGGAACCUGUAGGAAUAUUUUUAAUCUUUCGAUCCACCUAUAGCUGAAUUGACCGUGGGAAGUUGGAUAGUGAUCUGUUGCGCUUUUUCAAGCCGUGAAUCUUUAGUUAAAUCUGCAGAGAGACUGAAAAAACGACAAAUAUUUUUGGUAGUUGGUUUUCAACAGACUGCUUUGAAAGCGGUUUACAGUUACAAAUGUUCUUUUCUCCUUCUGCAGAUGGUAACAACAGACUUUACACCUUUUUCUUGGGACUCCUCUGGUUCGAGAGUGACGACUGCAGUUUCAAGCCUUGAACUUAAGAACAGUUCUGAGUAUCCCCUGAAUACGACAGCACUCACAUCCCCGGUUACCAUAAGACUUCAAAACCUCCGGAAAUUCACAAACGCUUCUCAGUUUCAUUUCGUUGGAGCCAACAGAACUGUUUUCUACAAGGUAAAUGUCAACCAAACUGGGAUGUCCUUGAUGUUAAAGAUUCGUCCGGAAAGCAAUGAGACAAAAUUUUUUGUGGCUGUUAAGUAUGGAGAGCGCUCUUCUGUAAGUAACAGUGACUUGAAUUUAACAAUACCCGACCUUUCGUCUUGCGAUAAAAUUCCAGAUGGUUAUGUCAACUGUUCACGGGAUCCUUACAUAGUCUUCAUGAACCAGGAAUUUGUAGAGAGCAAAGGUCUUGGUUAUUACUUCAUUAGUCUAACAACCGUUUCAAGAAUUUCUGAGAUCUCUCGAGUUAGACGCUGCUCAAAGCAAUCAUGUGUGCAGUACAAAGAACCGCCCACCAAUGGUGCAAGUUUCAGUGUACCUCAGUAUCGGGAAGGUGAUGAAAAUUACUCCAUACAAGUGAUACCGGCUGCUUGUCUGUACUGGAACACGGAAAUAUCGCAGUGGACGUCUGACGGAUGCAAGGUGAAAUAUGAGAAGUAAUGAUAACCUUAGCCGUAAACUGUGAACUACGCGACGUAAUAUUUCCUUAGUAAACCCCUUCAUGCAUCUGGUAUGUCUGCUGAGAAUGUUCGGGGCUGAGAAUGUCCCAAAAAUAAGGAUUUGGCCAAGAAGCAUAGCUUCGAGAGCACUUGUGAAAUUUGAGGAAAAUCUCUCAGCCAAGGACAUUAUUAGCCGACAUGCCAGAAACCUGAACGGGGUUUAUUUAUUUGAUAACCCUCCUAUUAAUUUUUAGAUCGUGCGUUGACAGCAGAUUUUGUUUACCUUUAGUACUUUCCGGGGCGGCAUUUGAGAUUAGCUUUCUAAAGUCACUAUCCCUGGACCCGACCAAACGAGUUCCAUGUAAAGUAAUAACGAUGAAAGGGUGAAACUCUUACAUCGUUUUUUUUUUCCGCUGACUUUGUUUCUUUUCGACGGAAGUAGUCGGAGGACAAAUAUCGAAGUAACUUGGGGUUAUUGCGUGAUGCUGACCGGUGAUAAAAUUGCGCGAAAAUUGAUGGGUGGGUUUAGUAUUGUUUAAACACGUUUUUACGAUUAUUUUAGUUAUUGCUUUAGCUUUUCACUUUACUCUUAAAUUUCCCACGGAGCUUGCAACAUAUGAUGAUACAGUGGCCAUAAGACUAGUGACUCUUAGAUCGUUGCCUCUAUCAAUGGCUCCUUAAUUUCAUGUUAUAUAGCUUGCUCCCCUUUAUUUUCCUCCCACCAGCAAGUUCACCUUUACUUGGAAUUAACACCAAAAUCUAACUGUUGAUGGAAACUGUUUCAUUGCAGGUAAGCGAAGUGACAACUCAAGAUUAUAUCCAUUGCUCUUGUAAUCACCUGAGUGCUUUUGGAGGUCAGUUACUUGUGGCGCCCACUCCCAUCGAUUUUGAUAAGGUUUUCACAGAGCUAGUUCGCUUACCGGAUAGUGGAAACUUAGCUGUUAUAAUAACAGUUGGCUGUGUAUUUGGUCUCUAUCUGGGAAUGCUGCUAUGGGCUAGACGAAAUGACAAACUUGAUCUCGCGAAGGUAAAAAUGUAAUUUCUAAUUAUUACCAAUAUGUGCGGCCAAAAAGACAACUGGCCUCUGUCUAACUCGCGCUCAGUGAGCCUUGAAUGACUGAUUGCAAGCUCCUAAUACCCUCAUCAGUCGCACAGCUGAUUGGUUCUUUCAUUGCUACCCGACGAAUUUUGCUUAACGAGAGUAAGCUUAGCCAGAUCUUCUCUGAUCGUUAGGCGAAGUAAUGACAGAAAUUGGCUAUCAAAACUCAAAUUCGAAGGAAAAUGUUCAAGCUGAAAAUGCUAACUGAGCCAUUUCUUGGGGGAUCAAAAGAAAUGGUGCGAGAAAUGAAAGCAGAAAGGUGACUUCGGUUGUGUGACGCGGAAAUGCUAUAUGGAAUGCUGUUGAAAUCAUUGGUAGUUAAUUUCAGCUUCGGCAGAGCGACUAUAAACACUUUACACAGAGCCUAUUUGUCACUUAAAGUAAAUUUUUGAAAUCAAGUGGAAGCUAUAUGUAGUAAAGGUGAACCCUAAACCCACGUAUAAGGUUUGUUGAUAGUGGUCGGACAUAUAGCUUAUUAGCACUCUUAAAUGACGGUCGCAGAUAAAAGUGAUGCCCUUUAAAAAGUCAUUUUAUUCCAUUAUAGUUACAGGUUGUGUCCAUUUUGAACAUACUUACACCCGUUCUCCUUUCUCCCCUUGAAGGUGGGCGAGAGGGCACUCAUAGGAGUACCCGUACCUUGGUAUCACUUCGUCGAGGUUCAAGUAUUUACGGGCAUCUGGCGAAACUCGGGAACCACUGCCAACGUUUUUGUUGUACUGGAGGGAGAGUUAGGUACCAGUCGACCGUACCAUUUGAAGCACCAUUCGUGCAUUCCUUUUGCAAGAGGGAGUAUUAUUUCUUUCGUUAUUUCCAUUCCUGUUAACAUUGGCACCAUAAAAACCGUUCGAGUAUGGCAUGACAACGAGGGCACCAGUCCAUCAUGGUUUUUGAGUCAGAUCAAGGUUAGCGAUCUCUUCAGUAAGAUACAAAGGAACUUUGUAUGUUUUACGUGGCUGGCAGUUAAUAAAGGUGAUGGAUUAAUAGAUCGUACCUUUCGUUUCACAACAGCGGAUGACAGAGGAAUUGAUUUUUCCUCGUAUGUUCGGAACAGAAUUGCUGAAGAAGUCAGUGAUUUACAUUUAUGGUUUUCUGUCGCUGCAAGACCACCAAGAUAUCGAUUUAGUCGCGUGCAACGUUUAUCUUGUUGUCUAGUAUUAAUGCUGACAAUUAUGCUAACUAGUGCGAUGUUUUACGAACAUAGAACAGCGAUGGACGACACACAGGGAACGCUAAGGUUGGGCCGUUUUGUUGUAAACUUCAGAGAAUUCAUCAUUGGAGUGGAGAGCCUUAUGGUUGUAUUUCCUGCCUACAUUUUGACCGUGCAACUUUUUGCUCGUACUCGAUCCUCGAAUGAGAAUAAGCAAAUGGCUCUCAAAACCAACGCAAGGACGAAAUUUAGCGAGAUAAAACGCGAGUUUUCUUUUCCACGCUGGUUUAUUUACGUUCCUUGGCUCUUGUGUUUCCUCCUCUCGACUUGUGCGGCGGCUUUUGUUAUCUUCUACAGUCUACAAUGGGGUGCAAAUACAAGUGAGCAGUGGCUUAUUUCGGUUUCAAUGUCAAUUUUGUUGGACUUAUUUGUAACGGAACCAGCGAAAAUCAUCGUCGUUGCUUUUAUACUGCCUCAUCUUUUCAAAAGUACAUGUGAAAGGUCCACCUGGAUUUCUAGCCCUGUAGACACAGAGGUUAGUCUCGAAGAUAUUAGAGUUGGUGGACUAGACUAUGAUGAGGUCGAAAAAGAAGAACUUAAAACACCAAAGCCCUUAACGAAGAGAAAAUUACGUCGCGUAAGGGCUGCUCGAAUGAGGGAAAUGUAUAUGUAUACAGCUCUUCGGAAUAUAGUAUCGUACUUACUGUACUUGUUAAUUUUACUUAUUGUUUGUUACGGUGGACGUAGCAAGCAUGGAUACAUGAUGACAUCUUCCAUGAAGAACACAUUUGGAGAGCUUAAUACGGUACGUAAAUUACUUCUCAUUAUAGGCUAAUCCUCUCGUUUCAGACCAGUUUACUUUAGUAAGAAUGGAUACUUUUAACUUAUAAUGUUAACAGAAAUUUGCAAAGGCUUGUUUGUCGAAGGUGUCGGUGACUUUACGGGCCUGAGGUCAUAAUUUCAAUCUAAAUCUAGGAGCCAGAGUUGCGAGUCUUGACUUGAACAACCAAAACAUUUAGUUUCAUUUCCUGACUGACUGAUUCUCGAACCUAUCCGUACCUCGAUCUUGAAUGUGAACGAGACCAACAAAAAUCAACUUUUUGGGGACAAGUAAUUCCCAAGACUUUCGAGAAACGGUUCCGUGAAGUUUAUUUAAGGAAACUAUCGAAGUAGUUAGAAAAAAAAAGCUAUCAAAGCUACUUUUAAAUAGACAAGUUUCUGUCAACGUAUUUUCGUAGUUGCUAGGAACUGGUUUUCUAUGGCAAAGGUAUAGCUGCAUGGAUGUGUGUCAGCUCGGCUUCAAAUCGCCAAUUUAGACCGGCGCGCUAGGUACAUGGGCACAUGAUAGAAUCCCUGAUAAAGGUUAAAAUUCAAUCUAGUAUUUCCAUUCCCCGGCAAAAGAGCGAAGAAAGUUUUAAAUUUUAAGGAGAAAUCUCGAAAGUACUUUUUGUCGUAUCAAACAAAGCAAGGGAAAUUGCUUUUGUUUGACGUCAGCUAUGCGUUGAUAAUCUGAUAGAUCACAAGCAACAACCAUUUACGGUCGCCGAAUAUUCAGUCAACUGUAUGAAUAUUUCUUUGAAUAAAAGGGGUAAGUUUCUAAAGAAACUGUGAUGCUGCGUCGGUGAGAGAGUAUAAAAGGUUAAUUAAGUAUUAUCGACUUAAUUCCGUGAAUAUUUAUUUGUUUAGUUACUAAUUUAUUUAUUCAUCACGCCGAACAUUUAGAUCUCAAAUCACUUCAACACGUGGAACUGGUUACGUGACGUUUUGGUACCCGGGCUUUUUGAAGACGGAAAAGAUGUUACCUCAAAUAGUUCCAGGCUCUACAUUGGAGACGGCGACGCUGUCCUCGUUGGGAUGCCUCGUCUUAGGCAGCUACGAGUCAAAGAAGGUAUUUUGAAGGAAGUGUUUAAACGAAGACCAAACAAAAUUGCUCCCUGAAUUUAUCUCGUCGACAAACUGGUUUCAGUUCAGUUUAUAUAAGCUUUAUAGCAGUUUAUAUAAGCGCUCUUACUUCAAAUUUUGAGUGGAGUAAAAAAAACUCGUGGAAACUAUAUUCGACUUGACGAAAAGCAGAUCACUUUGAAUAACUGUCAACGUGAAUUGCUGGGUGUGCCAAUGAUUAUGAGCUUGAUUUGAAUAAUUUAUAAAAGAAUUAGUAUAUUUAAAAUUUCGGGUAACCUGCACAGAAAAAUUGUGCUUCAUGAAGAUUAUGCAAAAUCAUUUCAUUUCAUUAGGCAGCUUCCAUCGAGGAGAGAAAAUGAAAACCUCAAUCAUUAGUCCUCAAUUUAUGAAUUAAUUAGCAUCUCAUGCACACGAUAUCUCUAUCACAAAGAUGAAACAAUAAACACUAUGGUCUUUUUCCACUUUAAGGUUCUUGUGAUGUCAGCAUAGAGGAAUUGACAACCCCACUCAACUCUUGCGUGGCUACAUAUACAUUUACUAACGAGGACAAAACCAGCUCCCUUGGAAAAAAAUGGCGUUUGUCUUCCUCAUUUAGGAAUGAGUCACUCGUUAGUCUUCCUCAGGUCUGUCCAAGUGCUUGGCAUUAUUCUUCAGCCCAGCAAACACUAAAUCUUCCCUUAUGGGGAAAACUUCAUCUGUUUAAUUUUUAUGGUGAAGGAGGUUACCUGGCCGAGUUGGGCUAUGACAAAACUACAGCACUGAACGUCAUCUCUGAACUAAACCUGUUUGACUGGAUUGACAGAUUUACCAGUGCAUUAAUUUUUGAGUGCGCAGUUUUUAACUCUCAGGUAAAUUUGUUCAGUGUGAUUUGGAUCCUGAUUGAGUUUUCGCCAAGUGGUCUCGUGGUUUCUAAUCACGUGAUUCAUACUAUGCACAUAUAUGACAUUGGUGGGGGCUACAGUACUGUAACCAUAACCUGUCAAUUGUUACUAGUGGUUUAUAUCAUAUACUUUGUUAUCAAGGAAACGAGGAAGAUGAUCGUGGGAAUUCGACUGUAUUUCUCACGUUUUAUCAAUUGGGUGGAAAUCCUCCAGACUAUAUCAGUCAUUUUCUUUCUAAUUGCUCACAUUAUGAAAGAAACAAAGCUCUUUGCUACCACAGCUGAACUUGAGAAAAACACAUUUCAAUUUAUCAGCUUCGAUUGGGGAGUUCUUCUACAAGACUUAGAAACGGUAUUUUUAUCGUUACUGAUGUUCUUGAACACUUUGAAGUUGCUGUAUUUGCUCAAAUUCAAUCCCCGUGUGAGGCACUUAUUCCAUGUAAUGAAGGGAUCUGCUCGGGAACUCGUUCACUGCUCAAUUGUAUUCGCUGUGUUCAUAUUUGGAUGUAUCCAUGUAGGAUAUAUUCUAUUUGGGAGAGAACUUUACUCCUUUUCUUCGCCUUUCCUCAUUCUACAGUCUCUUCUAGUCGAAGGAGUCGUUGGUGGCGGAGUGGACUAUUUUAACGAUUGUUGCACAGUCAUUGGCCCCGUUUACUUUACAGCGUUAAAAUUAGGACUUAAUCUCAUAUGCAUAAAUAUUUUCGUUUCUGUUCUUGUUUAUAAUUAUGGCCGCAUCAAGGAACUCUCCAGAGGAGAAUUUGGUCUUGGACACUUCGUGAUAAUGAAAACGAGAGAACUACUAGGCUGCGUGGGCGACCCCUUAAGGGCGAAUGAAGAAAAAUCUGCGUAUGAUUUACCGAACACGGAGAUUGAGGAAGAUAUUCUACCUGAGGCAGCUGAGAUAUUGGCAAGGUUGGAUCGGAUUAAUCAUCUUUUAAAUGUUCACUAUGCCGAAGAAUUUUGUGAAGACCUUGAACUGUUUUCUUUGUGGUUUGAUCUCCACAUGCAAGCUAGGAAAUCCAAGGAUUUACAAGAAAACUGGUUCGAUUCAACAGAAAGUUUUGAGUCUGCUGAGGAGGAAGAUUAG